AUGCCGUCGAGUUCCGAUGUCGCGGACAAAGCGGUUUCGACGGAGGAUGCAUCCAGCGGGAUGGAGGUGGCUCGCCUCGAGGCUGUACUCGCGGCCCUGGUGGAGACAAAAGUUGAAGCGAUGAAGCAACAACAGCAACAUCAUCAGCACCAAAAACAUAGGCAUCAUCAUCACCAUCGUCGUCUGCAUUAUCAUGAGAAGAAGAGACGCCAGGGGCAGAAGCAUCGACGCCAUGGCUCAGCACCCUGCGGUGAUUCCAUCCACAGGACUAUUGCACACCAUCAUAAGCAAGCACAUGGCAAAGGCCGUCAAAAGUCUGUGGAUAUUCCAUGCGAUGGGCAAAAGCAUUGGAGACACUCUCGAAACUCUCAUGUGCUAUCUCCAGUUAUAGAUCCCAGAUUCGAACUUCUAGGCAUCGAUGCUGAACAUGAUCACGCGCUUAUGAAUUUCGAAAGGACAAGAAAAGCACUGAGCGACGAAUAUCAAAAGCUGCACCAAAGUGCCUGCUAUAUUUCUCAUAGCACCGCUCAUUUAAAAAGUCAUUACGACGAAGAUGACUAUCUGACGUUCAACUUUGCCGAUAUGCCCGGUGAUGAGGAUACCUUUAACAGUCCGCCAGCAGCUGAUAGUCACGUCGGCAAUUCCAGACUCAAUUCUCACGAACGCUUUCACCGUCCUCGUAGAAAGCGCAAGCGGCCUAAAUUAGAAAAGAGCCUCGUGGAUGUCGAAGGCCUAGAGGUCGACGACUUACCGCCCAGGGCACGCUGGACCAUCGUCGCUACGGCCUGCCUCCUUCUGGCCAUGUCGUUGCUUCUUGUCGGAGUUACGCUGCGUAUGGCACCCAUCAUAGAUGAAAUGGUCCGCAAGGAGAACGAAGAGUUACUGAAUUCCUUAAAUCGAGACGUAGCGACGCCUGAAAAUAUAACAACGUUGUCAUUCUAAGAGGCAAAAGGGAAACUACACAGGAAAAUUGUUGCGGAAUAAAUAAGCUUAAAAAAUAAACACUGACUAUGAUUGAUGAAUAAAAGUAUUAAUGGAUAAUCUCUACUUAUCUCCUAUUGCAUUCAAUGAAAAUAA